AUGGAUAAGGCAAAAGUCUACGGUCGUGGUGAAGCGGAAGAAAUGUAUUCUCCAUUAGAUGCGAAUGACGUUGUCGAAGAGCUAUUCAAGAGCAGUUCGACACCUAUAAAUUUCAGCCAAUUCAAUAAUACAUUUGGCUGUCCUACCGGCUGUGAGAAAGAUAAAAAGUCUUGGAUGGGUGUGUUUAUCGCAUCUAUUGCUUUAAAUUUCUUGCUUUUGACGCUGGCAGCGAUGGGGACGUGGGCUAUAUCUAUGAAAGAAUCAAAAGUUGCUGGCCGAUUUUUCGAAAAUAUCAAGAAUUUUGGCGAAGAGGAGUUGACGAAACAAAAA